GAGCCCUUCAACAACGGCAUUGGCCUCCACCAGCAUUUGUUGAAGCAUUCUGUUGAUGCGUCACUUGCUCAAUCUGAACUCGAAUUGUUUGAUGGCGUUUGUGAAGCUCGUGUAAAAUAGGUGAAAUUCAAGUGGAUCAUUGAUAGCAGGGAGUAGGGUAAUUGGAGAAUAGUGUAUGUAAAGAGUAUGUAUGGUUUAAGAUUUAGGGUUUAGGGUUCUAGACGCUGAACUCCAUGUUGCGAUCGCUUCUGCAAGCGUCGGUCGCUGCUUCGCGCCGAGCGGUGGCGUGGAAUUUAAAUGACAUUGCUCCUCCCUCUGAGCAAGUUCUCUUCAGGUUUGCCUCAGUUGCUGAUUUGAGCCCCUGGAAGGUCUACUCCGAUCACGAGCAUGGGGGCUUGUCCAAAGCAUCGCUUGAAUUGAACAAAGAAAGUGGUCAGACUGGUGUGUUUUCUGGCACACUCUCUGUAGAUAUGCCUGAUGAUACCAACAUACGCAUGAAACGAAGCGGUUUUACAGGCAUGCGAACAUCACAUGAAGAUGACUGUCUUGAUCUUGAAGCUUUUGAUACCAUUGCAUUUCGACUCAAGGGCGACGGUAGGGUUUAUGUAUCCAAUAUUCGAACUGAAAACUGGAUAGGGGGCCUGGGGGCAUCUCCAUCGAAUACUUGGCAAGCUUUUGUAUUUGCUCCUGCGGGGGAGUGGUCUGUCGUCAAAAUACCAUUCAACAAGUAUCUUCCUACGUGGAGAGGAAAGAUUAUAGAUUCCAAUCAAGACCUUAAUGCAGCUCGUGUGACUGGUAUGGGACUUUCUGUCGCAGCUGAUGGGGGACCAGAAGGCGCAGUUCAAGGACCUGGAAAAUUCCGGUUAGAGCUAGAUUGGAUUAAAGCUAGAAGGAGUAAAUGAUCCUUGUUCUCCUCACUUUUAUUGCAGGCGAUUGGAUCCUGCUUAUAUGCAAAGAUCAUCACUAAUUGUGACAACCAGCUUCCCUGAA